UUCCUGGGAGCCAGGAGCGCUCACUCGGUCCUGAAACGGUUCCCUCGUGCCAAUGAGUUCCUGGAGGAGCUGCGCCAGGGCACCAUCGAGCGGGAGUGCAUGGAGGAGAUCUGCAGCUACGAGGAGGUCAAGGAGGUGUUUGAGAACAAGGAGAAAACGAUGGAGUUCUGGAAGGGGUAUCCCAAUGCCGUGUACUCGGUUCGGGACCCGUCGCAGAGCUCGGAUGCCAUGUAUGUGGUGGUGCCCCUUCUCGGGGUUGCCCUGCUGAUCGUCAUUGCUUUGUUCAUCAUCUGGAGGUGCCAGCUGCAGAAGGCGACCCGCCAUCACCCUUCGUAUGCACAGAACCGGUACCUGGCCAGUCGCGCCGGGCACAGCCUGCCCCGGGUUAUGGUGUACCGGGGCACUGUGCACAGCCAGGGGGAGUGGCCAGGGCCCCGUGAGGCUGCGAGCAGCCCGCAUGGGGUGCAGGCGCCCGGUCGUGGGGCAAGAGCCACAGUCCGGCUGGAGAGCAGCCUCUGCCUCCCGGAGCUCGCUCUCUCCAGACUGUCCAGUGCCACCCCACCCCCAUCCUAUGAGGAAGUGACAGCACCCCAGGAGUGCAGCAGUGAGGAGGCCAGUGCGUCUUACAGUGACCCACCCCCCAAGUAUGAGGAGAUAGUGGCCACCAGCCCUGGUGCAGACAAGUAGUGGGGCGCUUUUCCGGGCCGCCCAAAGCCUCCUUCUGAGGCUUUCAAUCUCCUUCAGAACUUUCAAGAGACUGUGCCACCACAGAACAGCCUUAGCCUCCUUGUUGCCAAAUAAUUCCCCAGCCGUGGAUGUUUAGAAAA